GGUUGAUUACGUCAUCACAUCUUCCCUGGAGCGCCGCCAUCUUGUCUGUGCAGGAGUCCAGUUGUCGGAAUAAUUCGGUGUUUUUCUAGUGAAAAUUAGGCAUUUUUAGCAGUCCGUCAGAAUGACGAGCUUGCAACAACGCUCGUCCGGGCUCGUGCAGAGGCGGACAGACGCUUCUAGGGGCGCGGAAGGCGGGAGAGAGAUCGAGAGAGAGGUGAUCGAACCGGAAUUCGAAGAGGAUAGCGAUUCAUCGAAGGACACCCGGCUAACUCUUAUGGAAGAAGUCUUGCUACUCGGCCUGAAAGACAGAGAGGGUUACACGUCAUUUUGGAAUGACUGUAUCUCGUCGGGGCUGCGAGGCUGCAUGAUCAUGGAGCUGGGGCUGAAGGGGCGCGUCGAGCUGGAGAAGAUCGGCAUGAGGAGAAAAAGCCUCCUCAACAGGAAACUGGUCUACAGAAGCGACUCCCCGACGGGUGACGUCAUGUUGGACGAGGCUGUCAAACACGUGAAGGACACAGACCCACCAGAGAACAUUCAGACAUGGGUCGAACUACUUAGCGGGGAGACUUGGAACCCCCUGAAGCUGCACUACCAGCUGCGGAACGUGCGGGAGAGGUUAGCCAAGAACCUGGUGGAAAAGGGCGUCCUGACCACCGAGAAGCAGAACUUCCUCCUGUUCGACAUGACCACGCACCCCCUGGUCAACAGCUCCUCCAAGCAGAAGCUCAUCAAGAAAGUUCAGGACGCCGUGCUCAGCAAAUGGACUAAUGACCCCCACAGGAUGGACAAACGCCUGCUGGGGCUCAUCUACAUGGCGCACGCCUCGGACGUGCUGGAGAACGCGUUCGCCCCGCUGUCGGACGACGACUACGAGGUGGCGAUGAAGAGGGUACGGGAACUGCUGGAUCUGGACCCCGAACAGGAGUGCAUGAAGCCAAACGCCAACGAAGUCAUGUGGGGGACGGUGGCUGCUUUUAUCAAGUAGCUGUACAUGUCGUUAUGCUGAAAAAGAAAAAUUGUAUUUUACAUCAAAUCAUGUUUUAAAAUACUGACCAGUGUGUUCUCCUCUCUCUCUAUAGCCACCUGUAUAUGUAUAAAGUUCAAUCAUAGGCCUACUCACACAUGCAUCCUUCUCACUUUUAAUCCAUUUUUUCUUUCUGCUGCAAAAUUGUUUUCCAGUCACAAGUAC